UCGCUUUCAUCCUGGCCCGGCCUGACAUCUCGGAAAAGAUUGUGAAAAAAAAUAAAGUGAAACCACUGAAGCAUAGAUCGAAACGUGCCCCGGUCUCAUCUGCUGUCGCUGCUGAUCCUGACCCAGACUUGCAGCUAAAACCCAGUGACCCAUUGCCAGCAGCUUACAUGCCAAUGUUCUCCAAAGAGGACAGUGAAGAAUUAGAAGCUGCUGCCAGAACAGGAAACCUCCCAGAAAUAGCAGCGAAACUGAAAAAGUCUCUGGAGUCAUCAGAAAAUACCCCACUGCACAUUGCAGUCACAGGGAAUUCAGGCUCUGGAAAAUCAUCCUUUGUCAACGCCAUCUUGGGAUUGGGAGAUGAAGAUGAAGGUGCCGCUGAGACUGGGGUGGUAGAAACAACGAUGGAGCCAAAGGCUUAUCCACACCCUGUACUCCCCAACGUAACGAUGUGGGACCUGCCAGGAAUCGGGACACCCAAUUUUCAGCCAGACAAAUACCUCAAGCAGGUAAAAUUCAACAACUUCGACUUCUUCAUCAUCAUCGCCUCAGAGCGCUUCACUUCCCACCACACCAGCCUCGCCCAGGAGAUUCACAAGAUGGGGAAGAGGUUUUAUUAUGUGCGCUCCAAAGUGGAUGCCGACUUGUACGCAGCUCAGAUCCGCCGGCCCAGCACCUACAAUGAGGAACAGAUCCUGCAGGUCAUCCGAGAGAACUGCAUCAAGAACCUGAGGGAAGCAGGUGAGGCCUCCCCACGGGUUUUCCUGAUCUCCAGUUGGGAACUGCUUAAAUAUGAUUUCCACUUCCUGCAGGAGACACUGGAGCGGGAACUGGAUGCUCACAAAAGACUCAUUUUCAUCCUGGCCCUGCCCAACAUCUCGGAAAAGAUCCUGGAAAAGAAAAAGGCUGAACUGCAGAAGCAGAUAUGGAAACUAGCCCUUGUGUCUUCUGCUGCCGCUGCCAUCCCUCUCCCAGGUCUUGGUCUUGCUUGUGAUAUUAUCAUCCUGGUGACAUCCAUGAGACGUUACUGUAAGGCCUUUGGACUGGAUACAACCUCACUUACUAAUCUCGCCAACAGGGUGGGGACGACCGUCCCAGAGCUGAGGGCGGUUAUAAAGUCCCCACUGGCUGCAGAAAUAUCUAAAGAGCUUGUAAUCAAGCUGCUAAGCAAGGCUGCAUGUGGUGCAGCGAUGGCAGCUGAAACGGCUCUGAGUUUUAUCCCAGUACCAGUGGUGGGGUCUCUGCUGGCUGCAGGAGUUUCUUUUGGGACCACGUACUACAUGCUGCAGAGCUUUCUGAAUGAGGCCGCGGAAGAUGCUCAGAAAGUUCUGAGCAAGGCUCUUGAGGAUGAAAAAUUCAAAUAAGAGCAAACAAUCCAGUGCAUCAAAUAUCAUAGGAACACAAGAACGGCCGUACCGGGUCAGACCAAAGGUCCAUCCAGCCCAGUAUCCUGUCUACCGACAGUGGCCAAUGCCAGGUGCCCCAGAGGGAGUGAACCUAACAGGCAAUGAUCAAGUGAUCUCUCUCCUGCCAUCCAUCUCCACCCUCUGACAAACAGAGGCUAGGGACACCAUUCCUUACCCAGCCUGGCUAAUAGCCAUUAACGGACUUAACCAUCAUCAAAAAUUCUUAAAGUGAUUGCAAAAAAAUGAGAGAGAGACCAGAUGAGAUUUCCAGGAUUUCUGAUUGGGAUGUUUUAACCAUUGCAUUAAAGAUGGAUCAGUGAACUCCAGUUAUAUAUUCUAUAGGGUUAGGAUUAUCUAUCACCAGUGCAGAGGGUCUCCUGAAGCAGAUUCAGUGCAGGAAACAUGUUACCAAUGAACAGCAUCACCAGCAAGGGAUGUUUUCUGCUUCCCUUUCUGUUUUCUUUUUCAUUUUCCCUCUGCCAUUAAGUGUCAGGUUAAAUGAUUCCUGUCUUCAGCCCCUGGGAAAACAGUUAUUUGGAGAAGUAAGAUGAUGCCCCAGAAAAUCUUCUUUUUUAUUUUCUGUAUUGCUGCAGCAUAAAUCAAUCAUCAGGCCCCACUGCGGUAGGUGCUGUGCAAACACAUAAAGGGCUUCACUCAAGUGUGAUGGUGGUUUCAACUUGGCGGUUUAGCUGGCCUGAGAGGAGCUAUAGGCUAAAACUGGAGUGACUCCUGCUCAUCAGCUGCUAAUGUAACGGGGCAAGGGGAGGCAGGAGCAAUUAUCCUUCAUUGAUAAACAAAUCUAACAAAUCUUAUUAAUGCAGAGUUCAGCUUGCCUGGCAAUAGCUUGGGCCCUUCCAGAACAGCGAGUUCAGCAAAACUCCAGCCUGUGAACACCAGGAAAUACAGAGUUAGCUACAAGCCCCCACACCCUUAACUCUGCCCUCUUUCAGUGUUGCCCCAGUACACCCCUAACACACAUACUCACCCUCUGCCUUUGCAGACAGUGCAUGUCCCUCGGGGAAUAGGGCCCAUGUCAGCUGCAGCACAAAUUCAAACACCUUCCCUGUGCUAAGGCAGACCUUGUGUUUAGAUGAGCUGUACUGACCAGGAGCUACCUACACCUGUUCUACAGUCAGACACUGAAUCUACCCCCAGAAACAUCCUCUCACUUGCUCAGUUUUACAUCCCCGUCACCCUUCUGCACACACUGCCAUUGCUCUUUCGCUUACUCUUCCAAGAAGACCACGGUGUCCCGCUAUGACACGACCAAUACAAUGGAGCACUGAAAUGGUGCAUACUGGAUCCCCCAAGGAACAUGUGCUCCUCAUUCCACUGAUCACACACCCAGAGGGGAGGAGGGAUCACCUCAUAUCACAGUCAUUUCUCUACCACGCUGCUCCAGCUAAUGUCUCCAUCACUCAGUACAGCUGCACCUAGCAGGGUGAUUGCACAGCUGGAGUUACAGUGUUGCCAGCUCCGGGGUGCUGAGUUCGGGUUGUCUGGGCGUUUACCUCUCCUCUGUAUUUCCUGGCUUUCAGACGUUUGAGCUGUGCUGAACUGGAUGUUUUGGAAAGGCCCAAUGUCCCUCUGGGCAACCACAACUCUGCCGGAACCAUGUUUUUAGUCAAGCAGGCUCCUGGGUGUUUCCUACAGGAAGAGAAAUGUUUGUAGGAGUUCAUGGUCAUUUAGGCAGUUGUAAUUAUCAUGCAGAUGUGCAGCUGAGGCACCCUAUGGCCAGGUAAUGCUAAUACCUAAAUCUUACACAGUGCUAUUCACCAGGACAUCUCAAAGAAUUGUAUAUCAUUGUCCCCCAUUCAUGGACGGGAAACUGAGGCAUGGGGAAGGGAAGUGACUUGCCCAAGGUCACCCAGCAGGCCAGUGGCAGAGCUAGGGAUAGUCCCAGUCCCAGGGUCUCCCACUAGACCACGCAGUUGCCAUGUGACUUCUCAGGGCUCCUCCCCUCUCCUGUACAUUGUGUUACAGGAUAAUGGUUCCACUGCGACAUGUUUGCAGUGUGUAGCUGCUAAUAGGGCCAGUGAGAGAAAUCUCAGCCAUGUUCUAUGUCCCAGACCUUUGACAGUUUUAGCGUUACCCUAUUUCAAGUUCCCAAAUAGAGAACACUGCCAAGGACAGAGGGGGUUGGAGGAGGACGAGGGUACAAGUUUCUACUAAACAGUUUCUUUUUACCUUUACUACCUAACAUUUAUCAACAACAAGUGUAAAGGCCUCAAAAAUAAAUGUACAGCAAAUUGAAAUGUACCUUUUUACAUGCAGUCAGGCCUUUUCUACGGCAUCUCUUCCUGUUGUACCCAGGCACAUUCCUCGGUAGAGCGAAUCUUUCUCAGCAGUGGUUGGUUGCUCAUCCAGUAGCCAUGAAAAUCGUUGGAAGAUGUGUGCCUAACGCUGUACUGUACAAGCAGGAACUCUUUCAAUGACUCAUCAGUCAGUACCGGGCCCACUGUGACUUCGGGGCAGCUGCUGACGGCAGCACUGCCUCCAGAGCUCGGGGCCCAGCCAGCAGCUGCCACUUUCUGGCCACCCCACUCUGAAGGCAGCCAGUGCGCUGCACCACACUGCCCCCCCGCCCAGAGACCGUCCCCCACAGUCCCCUAUGCCCAGCACUCCUGCCGCCCAGAGACCUCUCCAAGACCACGCCACCACCCUCCGCCCAGCGCCUCUCCAUCCACAGACCCCCCCACUGCCCAGUGCCCCCCACAGAUCCCCCACUGCCCAGUGCCCCCCCACAGAUCUUCCACUGCCCAGCGCCCCCCCACAGAUCUUCCACUGCCCAGCACCCCAAAACAC